GUUGCAGGUCUCAGUGUUACACAAAAUCACUGACCACGAACAAGAUGAAGAAGAAGCUGCCUGAGCAGAUCCUGAAUCACAUCCUGGAGAUUCUCUACCUGCUGACAGGAGAGGUCUCAGUGUUACACAAAAUCACUGACCACGAACAAGAUGAAGAAGAAGCUGCCUGAGCAGAUCCUGAAUCACAUCCUGGAGAUUCUCUACCUGCUGACAGGAGAGCAUGUGACUAACUCACUGACAGUGAGUCACAUGACCGGGGACAAGAUGACAACAGAGAGGAUACUAACCCACACCCUGCAGAUCAUGUACCUGCUGACAGAGGAGGUGCCUAUAAAGUGUGAUGAUGUUGCUGUGUAUUUCUCUAUGGAGGAGUGGGAGUAUAUAGAGGGACACAAGGAGCUUUACAAGGACGUCAUGAUGGAGACUCACCAAGCACUAAGGACUAUGGAGAUCCCAGGAAAUGAGAGCUCAGAACUAACAGGUCACAGUGAUGCAAUUUUAGACCCAGGAUCACAUGGAGACCUUGUACAGAAUAUUCAGCCAUCAGAUAUCUCUGCAAAUGACAUUAAUACUGACGUAGAUGUUAAAACCGAAGAUCUGAGUGUAAUGUGUCAGCUGGAAGCUCCAAUGCAGGAAAUGUGUUACAGUAACAAUGAAGGUAAAAAUCAUGCUAAGAUUUCACGUGAGAUGGAAAAAUCAGAAAAUCAAUGGCUAAGAAAAAUUACAGAAGAUGCACAUCAGGAAAUGCUUAAUAGUAGUGCAGGUGAUGUUAAGACUGAAGUUACACUUAAUGCUGAACAAACAAAUGAUCUGUAUGUAAAGAGUCAACAGGAAGCAGUGAAGCAGGAAAUCAGUGACAAUAUCAGUACAGGUGAAUUUACAAACUGCAGUAAUCCUAGUCCUAGCCAUGGUGAAAAUACAGAUACUUGUUUCAAUCUUCUUCAAAAUCAAAGAAGCAACGUGGAAAAUAUAGGUUCUGAAUAUGGAAUUUUUUUUACCAGGAAAUCAAAUAUUUUAAGACAUAAGAAAACUCAUACAGGAGAGAAAGCCUUUUCAUGUUCUGAAUGUGGGAAAUGUUUUGCUUUGAAAUCACGUCUUAUUACACAUCAGAAAGUUCAUACAAGAGAGAAAGCCUUUUUAUGUUCUGAAUGUGGGAAGUGCUUUGCUUUGCAAUCAAGUCUUAUUACACAUCUGAAAAUUCAUACAGGAGAGAAAGCAUUUUCAUGUUCUGAAUGUGGGAAGUGUUUUAUUCAUAAAUCAGAUCGUAAUACACAUCAGAAAAUUCAUACAGGAGAGAAAACAUUUUCAUGUUCUGAAUGUGGGAAAUUUUUUGCUGUGAAAUCACGUCUUAUUAGACAUCAGAAAAUUCAUACAGGAGAGAACGCCUUUUCAUGUUCUGAAUGUGGGAAAUUUUUUACUGUCAAAUCACAUCUUAGUAGACAUCAGACGGUCCAUACACAAGAGAGAGCAUUUUCAUGUUCUGAAUGUGGGAAGUGUUUUACUGACCAAUCGCAGCUUAGAAGACAUCAGAAAAUUCAUACAGGAGAGAAAGCAUUUUCAUGUUCUGAAUGUGGGAAGUGUUUUAUUCAGAAAUCAGCUCUUGUUACACAUCAGAAAAAUCAUACAGGAGAGAAAGCAUUUUCAUGUUCUGAAUGUGGGAAGUGUUUUAUUCAUAAAUCAGCUCUUGUUACACAUCAGAAAAUUCAUACAGGAGAGAACGUCUUUUCAUGUUCUGAAUGUGGGAAAUUUUUUACUGUCAAAUCACAACUUAGUAGACAUCAGAAAAUUCAUACAGGAGAGAAAGCAUUUUUAUGUUCUGAAUGUGGGAAGUGUUUUAUUCAGAAAUCAGAGCUUAUUACACAUCAGAAAAUUCAUACAGGAGAGAAAGCAUUUUCAUGUUCUGAAUGUGGGAAAUGUUUUGCUGUGAAAUCACGUCUUAUUAGACAUCAGAAAAUUCAUACAGGAGAGAAUGGCUUUUUCAUCUUCUGAAUGUUGGAAAUGUUUUAUUCAGAAAUCAAAUCUUGGUAAACAGAAAAUUCAUACAGGCGAGAAAGCAUUUUCAUGUUCUGAAUGUGGGAAGUGGUUUACUUAGAAAUCACAUUUUAUUGUGCCCAGAAAAUUCAUACAGGAGAGAAAUAAUUUUCAUGUUCUGAAUGUUGGAAUUUUUUUUUCUUUUACUGACAAAUCAAAUCUUAAUAGACAGAAAAUUCAUAUAGGAGAGAAAGUAUUUUCAUGUGCUGAAUAUGGGAAAUAUUUUUCUCAGAAAUCACCUAUUAGACAUCAGAAAAUUCAUUCAGGAGAUACAGCAUUUUGCUCAGAAAUCACAUCUAAUUGCACAUCAGAAAACUCAUAGAGGAGAAAAAGCAUUUUAAUGUGCUGAAUGUGUGAAGUGUUUUAUUCGAAAGCAUUUUUAUAUAUUGAAUGUGGGGAAUGUUUUGCUCUGAAAUAUAUUCUUGUUACACUAGAGAAUUCAUAAAGGAGAGAAAUCCUUUUCAUGUUAUAAAUGUGGGAAAAGUU